CUUCUUUAUGGUCUAUUGUUUCCUUGUCAGCGACUGCCAAGACAUUUCUUUCUAUCUGCAUCAUCGUCACCAACGAACGGUAACCGCUCACCAUGCCUGGCAAAACAGCUACCCCGCCACGCAUAACAAAAUUUACCAACUGCCGGAUUGUUCGUGGUAAUCAACUCAUCGAACAAGAUGUCUGGAUUGACUCUCUAUCUGGAAAGAUUCUUCGCGACCAGGAGGCCUUCUAUGAAUUGCACAUGUCUCCCGACGAGGUCAUCGACCUUGGUGGCCGAAUCCUCGCCCCAGGACUUAUUGACGUGCAGUUAAACGGCGCCCAAGGCUUUGACUUUUCUGUUCCCAAAGCGUCAAGAGAGGAAUAUGAUGAAGGGUUGCGUAUGGUCAAUAAGGGUCUCGCCAAAACUGGUGUGACAUCAUAUCUCCCGACUGUUGUUAGUUCAACGCCAGAGGUUUAUUGGAAAGUCCUCCCAUCGUUAGGUCCUCCUGGUGCCAAACAUCGCGCAGAAGAUGGUGCAGAGUCGCUAGGUGCCCAUGUAGAGGGUCCAUUUAUUAGCCCCGGCCGCAAUGGCAUCCACAAAACUGAUGUUUUGCGUGCUGCAAAGAGUUUUGAUGAUGUUGUUGACUGCUAUGGUAAGGAAAACAUGAUCGGACCGUCAAAAACUGUAAAAAUGAUCACUGCUGCCCCCGAAGUGGGCAGCAUGGUCAACAAUAUUCCAAACCUGACCGCCCAAGAUAUCAUCUAUUCAAUUGGACAUUCAGAUGCAACAUAUGAGCAAGCUAUGAAUGCCACCAAACAAGGCGCGACCAUGAUUACCCACCUUUUCAACGCCAUGCGGCCCUUCUACCACCGCAACCCUGGCGUGUUCGGUCUUCUGGGUCAAAAUGAGCACCGCCGACCUUUCUAUGGUGUCAUCGCCGAUGGCAUUCAUCUCCAUCCCACCUCAAUUCGCAUUGCGUAUAACGCCCAUCCAAACGGUCUGAUUCUUGUGACUGAUGCUAUGAAGCUGUGUGGUCUCCCAGAUGGUGUCUACGAUUGGACCAACGGAGAGCGCAUUGUCAAAACCGGAGCUCGGUUGACGCUUGAGGGCUCCGAUAAGAUUGCAGGCAGCUCUGCCACCCUCAUUGAAUGUGUGAACAACUUUCGCCGAUGGUCGGGUGCGUCGACUGCGGAGGCCCUGAAUGCUGUUACUACCACACCCGCACGUCUCUUGGGACUUGAAGGUGUCAAGGGAACAUUGGACUGUGACGCAGAUGCAGAUUUGGUCGUCCUAACUGACGCACCGGAUCCUUAUUCUGGGCCAACCUUGACAAUCGAUCAAGUCUGGAAGCGCGGUGUCAAGAUUUAUGAUGCUGAGAAAGAAGCUACCAACAGUGAGGUUUAACACGUUUAGAGUCCUAUACACAUGCUAUGCUAUGCCAGUUUGUGGUCAUGCUAUCCAUUUUAAUUGCCUGUUAGAUUACCAUACUUAUCUUAUUCUUCUUCUUUAACUGCCUCCUAUUUUCGAGUGUCUCUUUGUUUUGAGGGGUAUCGAGCAGCGUGAUCUGUGCUUUUCCUGGUGUCAUUCAUUACUAUCAUUUAUACCUUGCAGCCGUUAUUCUUGUACUCUGGAGAGCAAUUUACGAUAGAACUAAGGCUAUAGAAGGCUUCAUAUAAACUAGACGAAAAAAUAUUAAAAUUGGAGAAAAACCGUUACCAGUGAUGCCCACUUUAUCCUGUGCUGUGUUUUCUGCUUCGACAUGCUCUUUCUACCAAUAAAUCGAUUAUGUGAACGGACACCAGGUCUGAAAUCUUUAUAUAUUUUCUCUAGAGUUCGAUGGCGCUAGACGCGCUAAAAAUGUGAUCGCUCAAAAUUAUAGGAACAAGUACAGGAAUACAAGAUAUGGGAUAGGGAAUACAAUAGCCCUAUCCAUUUAAACACAUCUUAACAUGCCAACAGUGCAAUAUGUGGCGAUUGUAGAAUCUCACCCCUUCCUUUUUGCCUCUUUCGUCUUCUCAAUUUGAUGUUGUGGACAUAAAUCAUGAAUCGUGCGACAUCUGAGUACUUCUAAUGACGCUUAGAUAAACCCCCAACCCCCAAC